GGAGGAGUGACGAGAGACAGGCACAGAGAGAAGGGUGAGGGAGAGAGGGGGGGGGAGUAUAAAUAAAUCCCAAGGAGGCUGGUGCUCAUAGGCACAGCUGGACUCCUGGAUAACUGGACUGCAGCCCAUUGGAAUAUUUAACCAAAAAAGGAACCAACAAACUCUCUGGAUUUCUGAUUAGGUUUAGUUACCGAGACAAACGUAAAGAUGAAUACUGUGGAAGAAUGGCUCGUUGAAAACAGGGACAAGAUUGAGAAAGGUGUGGAGAUCAUGGGGCAGGCCUCAGAGGUGCUGGCGGCCACCGUGGGCCAGCUUCACCCCAUCCUGGAGGCUGUUUUCGUGGCUUCUGCUGAGCUACUCAGCAACCCAGAAGGCAAAGAGGCUCGCUACCUGACUCAGCAGUUUGAAAAAGUCAACUCCAAGCUGGAGGGAAUCCAGGAUGAGAUUGAUAAACUGGCGCUGGAGCUGCAGAAGACGUCAAUGAACAAGCAGAACUUUGACCGAGAGGCGCAGAUUCUCAGUCAGUACGAGAAGUUCCAGGACUUUGUCAAUGCCAAGCCAAAGUUCAGGGAGAAGAAGAAGGAAAAGUUUAUCAACCACUAUGAGGCUACCGAUGCUGACAUGAACCUGGAUGCAAUCUACAAUGCCGUCAAGGGGGAGAACCUCUCAGGAGACCCCAUGCUGGAGACGGUGCUCGCCACCGAGCAGAGAGGCAGAAGGGCGGUCGAGGAUUUCUGUGCUCGGCUGAAGAAGCUCUUUGUGGUGGGCAUCAUCUCUGUCAUGGGCUACGCCGCACUCAAGGAAGGGACCGUCGGGGAGGAUAUGGUGAAGAAGUGGCAAAAUCGAAUGGAGGACGUAGAGAAACGGAUGAAAGCAGCUGUGGAUGACUGUACCGUGAACUUUCCCAAACAGGCCAAACUGGACAUGGAGCAGCACGUCCAGGAGAACCCUGGUACAGUCGCUCCCGAGUUCGUUAAAUCUCUACUCGAUUUGCUCACCAAGAAAUAUGACUGGGUGAGUUGGUCCGUCAGGGCCUUCAACGACAGAGAGCGCAUUUUCUUCUUCAACUGGCUGGCGGGAAAGAAGUACCACGCAAGCGGCGGAGCCAAAUGGUUUGACAUUCUGACCAAGAACAAGAUCAAGGUGGUCAUCUCGUUCUGCGUCGACCCCAAGCCCAUCAACAAGAGUCAGAUCCAGGAGGAGAUCGGGCAGCAGAAGCUGAAGGGGAACAUGAUGGCAGUGGCUCUGUCCUUGAACAAGAGCUUCCCCAACUGCCUGGUCCAUGCUGUGAGCCAUUACAAGGCAGUGGUGGAGACCAACAGCUUCCAUGAGGACUGUUAUUACUUUGGAAAACACAAAGGUGCCUACAUCUGUAUCCAUCCUGAGUAGCUUCCAAGGCAGAAGGAUGUGUCCGCCAAUCUCUAAAGUGGAGAUCUUAGUUAAAUCUGUAAUAAAAAUGGCUAUAUCUGUUGGUGUAUAAUCUGCUUUGGGUAUUGCUUUGGGUCCAUGUCUUUCCGGAUUUCCUGUUUUUAUCCAUAUAUCCAGUCAAAUUAUGUUUUAUAAAUCUAUCAGAGCCAUUACUUUUUUGUAAACUCUGUCAUUUGAGUCAAUACCAAAUAGAAAUUCCAAAAAUAUUUGCUGAAUCAGAGAUUUAACCUUUAAUUAAAACCUACUCUACCCAUAGACAACAUCAGCAACAAAUGUAGAUGGUUGCUUUAUGGUGUUUAUUGAUGUUGAGGGGAGAAUUUAAGCACUGUGAUACUAGAGGUAUUUUAAAACAAGUUAUUGAGUGUAAAAGGUAAUUAAAUGCUGGGUUGAUUGUAUAAAUCUUGGUCUUCUGAUCUUCUCAGUUGGUUAGGGUUUAAAAUGGCUAGUCCAAGAAAGGCCUGGUGCAAUGAUCCGAAAGUUAAAAACCAAACAGCAAGGAUUAAACGAG